AUGUCUGCCGAGAACGACAACAAGCCCCUCGAGGAGGUCAAGGCUGAGGAGACGCAGGAGACUUCCACUGCUGCCGCCAAUGCUAAGCCCGUGACCAGCGCUUCAGUUUUCUCCAUGUUUGGCGGCGGAGCUAAGAAGGAGAAGAAGGAGGAGGAUGAGGACCGCGGCGACAACUCUGGCAGCGCCAAGGCCCAGCGCGAGGCUGCCGCAGCCGCGGCUGCCUCUUCUUCGAAGGACGAGGACGACCAGCCGCCUGAGUCUGAGGAUGUCCACUUCGAGCCCGUUAUCCACCUGACCAAGGAGGUCGAAGUCAAGACCAACGAGGAGAUGGAAGAGCAGGUCUUCAAGAUGCGCGCCAAGCUCUUCAAAUACGUUGCCGAAACGCGCGAGUGGAAGGAGCGUGGCACGGGCGACGUGCGUCUGCUCAAGCAUAAGGAGAACGGCAAGACCCGCCUGGUCAUGCGCCGCGACAAGACACUCAAGGUCUGCGCUAACCACUAUGUCGUCCCCGAGAUGAAGCUCUCUCCCAACGUCGGUUCGGACAGGAGCUGGGUCUGGAACGUUGUUGCUGAUGUGAGCGAGGGCGAGCCCGAGGCUCUGACGCUGGCCAUCCGGUUCGCCAACUCGGACAACGCCAACCAGUUCAAGGAUGCCUUCAUCAAAGCGCAGAAGGAAAACGAGUCUUUGUUCAAGAACACCCGCAAGAUCAAGGUUGUCACUGAGCAACACAACAUCGACAAGCCUGCCGUCAAUGAGGGCUUUCCCAUGAAAGAGUGGACUGUCGAGAUCUAUAUUCUCGAUCAAGAUGGCAAGGAGAAGCCCGCUCGCUGCUUCGCCAAGGUGGUGUACCAUCUGCACCCCUCGUUCGCCCAACCGGAUCAGACUUUCCUGGAGCCUCCCUUCAAGUGCACCAACGAGGGUUGGGGUGAGUUCGAGAUGAGCAUUGACCUGUUCACUACCGAGAAGGGCGGCAAGCAGACCAUCGUGCACGACCUCAACUUUGCCGCGCCGCAGUACGAGAACAUCCACACCGUGGUCUUCAGGAACCCGUCGCAGGCGCUGCAGCAGAUCCUGCGCGAGACGGGCCCCCUGCCCUCAGACGAGGAGCGCAAGCAGAAGAAGGUCGACGGCGGCAAGAAGAAGAAGACGUACGAUAUUGAGAAGAUGGCCGACGGCCUGAUCAAGCUUGGGGAGGACGACCUCUUACAGGUGAUCCAGAUGGUCCACGACCAUAAGGACGACAACACCUACAUCCAGAACAAUGUGGACGCAGGCGAGUUUUCGGUCGAUCUCUAUACCCUGCCGGACGGUCUGCUGAAGAUGCUCUGGGACUUCCUGAUCAGACAGGGCGUCGUCGUUGCUUGA